CAGAAAGAAAGAGCGUUAGAGAGAGAGAGAAAGAGAGAGAGAGUCGGGGAUUUCGCUGUAAUCAUGUUCGAAGAGUAUUGAUUCCGUGAGCGCACUCCAAUUGGCAGCAUCUCUACUAUAUAGUACAGCGCCGGCGCGUCAUCCUCGGCUCACAUCGACGGGAGCGAGUUGUAAGCAAAUGAGAACAUGUGUGGCAUCUGAGAGAGAGAGAGUGAGAGGAAGGAGCAAAAAGGAGGUGUGAGAAAAGCCAAUUUUCUCGUCCCUGACAACUGGAUGCGAGAUUUGAUUGCCGGGCUAUUUUCUUUCUCUUCUUUUUAUAUAUCUAUAUUAUUUUUUUUCUUCUCUCAUCCAAGGAAAUGAUCGAUUCGUCACAUGCGCACGCCUCUUCAUUAUAAUUGCAGACAGUUGGGGUGCUGUUCAGGCUGAAUGGACUUGAAUAUGUCGCUGCCAGCGUAAUCCGUGCAGACUGGAAGAUUUAAUAAUUCACGGUAAUCACGCAUUAUCGCCUCAGUGGAUGCUCUCUGCACAGCCCUGGUGAUUUUUUUUAAAACCCCCCUCCUCAUCUUCUUCUUUCCUGAUUCUUCACGUUGUCUUCUACAGGAUUUAUCGACGGCUGCUUUUGCUUCCUUAUCUGAAAUAUCAUCUGUUGCUGCAACUGGAAUGAAAAGCCCCCGUGACUGGCUGAGGAACGCUGAAGACUUAGUGUAAUAGGAUGAAACGGAUUGAAUAAGACAUAUUUUUUCCAAUAAUAUAGCACUUUAGUUAAAAUGGACAAGAAAUUGCUAUUAUUUUUAUUACUACUCUUAUCUCUACACACAAGGUUGUGAUUUUCUUUUUUUUAUUAUUCACGAUGAUUGUCCUACUCCAGUGAAUUGGCUCUGAUUGAUUCUGACUGAGCUUAAUAGGCAUAUUACAAAGCAGAUUCCAACGUGAAGUGCUGCUGAGGACAGUUUCGUCCCUUCAUUUCGGUUUUUUUUUUAUUUUAAUAUAUUUCCCUCUAAAGGGAUAAAUGUUGAUGAUGGAGGACGACGAACUGGACGCUCAUCAGGUUGAUCCGGACUUCGAGCCGCAGAGCCGGCCUCGCUCGUGCACCUGGCCACUGCCAUGCCCGGAGGACUUCCCCGGCGGACAAGAGGUGAGCGGGGGUCUCCCGCUGGCCAGCAUCAAGGUGGAGCCGGAAGACGUGCCGGCGUGCAGAGCCGGGCUCGCGGGCGGCAAUCCCGCAGAGCUAAAGCACCCGACUGGGGCCCCGGCACCCACGGUCGCGACGCACCCGUGCCUGGCCGGCGCGGCACUCGACGUGACCGGGUCCUUGCGCAAAGCCAAGUCCUCUCGUCGGAACGCGUGGGGGAACCAGUCCUACGCGGAUCUCAUUACCCGCGCCAUUGAGAGCACCCCGGAGAAGAGGCUCACGCUGUCACAGAUCUACGACUGGAUGGUCCGUUAUGUGCCGUAUUUCAAGGAUAAGGGCGACAGCAACAGCUCGGCUGGUUGGAAGAACUCCAUUCGACAUAACCUUUCCCUCCACACUCGAUUCAUCCGGGUGCAAAAUGAAGGAACAGGGAAGAGUUCCUGGUGGAUGCUAAACCCAGAUGGAGGAAAGAUGGGAAAAGCCCCAAGGCGACGGGCGGUCUCCAUGGACAAUAGCACUAAAUACUUAAAAAGCAAAGGCAGGAUCAGAGGCAAGAGAGUAGGUCGUCCUGGGAUUGGAGCAGGAUCUGCUGUAGGGGGCCUUCAAAGCUCCCCAGACCAUGGUAGUCCAUCACGGAAAACCCUCCCAGGGCCGGGAGUUGCAUCUGGGACAGAUGGAGAGUUUGACGCUUGGACCGACCUCCAUUCUAGGGCUAGUUCAUCAGCUUCCACCUUAAGUGGACGUCUCUCACCUAUCUUAGCAGAGGUAGAACCAGAGGAACCAGAAGAAGGUGGUCUAUCCUGUUCUGCCUCCCCUCACCUUUAUCCAUCACCAACCAGUGCCCGCUCUCCAUCAAUGGGGGCAGGAAAUCAUUGUCCUCCACUUGAACAGCUGCCUCAACUGGCUAACCUAGCAGGUGCCAUAAGUUUAGAUGAGCAGAUGAUGGAGGAUGGUUAUCAUCAUCACUGUCCACAGCAACAUCAACAACAUCCUGCUGUUGGCCGAAAUAAGCACCAAACUCCUGUGUAUCACUACAACUCUGGAAUGAAGGGGCAGGUCUCCUAUGGUGGAGGAGUCUACAACACAACAGGGAUGGGUAUUCUUCGUCACCACUCACCAAUGCAGACCAUUCAGGAGAACAAGGCUACCAGUUUUUCUGGAACCAUGCGGGCAUACUCGAGUACAAAUGCACUACAGAGUUUAUUGACAGGAGGUUCUGCGGUGCAACAGUACAGUUCUAAAGACCUGAUGCUGGGACAGGAGAGGGAAGGCCAUCCUAUGUUGGGUCAAGCGAGUAAUGGAGUAGGACCCACCCACCAUAGCCACCAUCCUGUGCACCACAAUGGAAUUCAUAACCAUAAUAGAACUCACAACCACACCACUGGUCAUAAUCACAACAGUGUAAGCAACCACAACCCACCUCACAGCCUUGCUCACAAUGGUCACAAUCUCAGCCGGAGCCAUACCCACACACCACCACGAGCGGCAGCUCUGACCCCAUGUGGAAACAGCAAUCAGCUACAGACUUACAAUCACAAAGCUCCCUACUUGUACAGCCCCCCAUCCCAUGCUCACCUUCCUGCUUCUACAACCCUGCCCCCUAACCCAGCGGGUAUGCUUGGCAUGCCUCAGGAUUCCUGUCACGUGGCUUCCACCCCACACCCGCGUCACAAUCAUUACCCAGACUCACAACACCAGGGUUUGACUAAUGGACCCUACCAUCAUGGCCAGGGAAUGGGUAACGGCAGUGUUGGUAGUAGCUACCAUGGCUAUCAUCAGCCUUACCCUCAUGACAGAUUACCAGCUGACUUAGACAUUGACAUGUUUCAUGGUAGCUUGGACUGUGAUGUGGAGUCCAUCCUCCUACAUGACAUUAUGGACUCAGGGGAGGAGAUGGAUUUUAACUUUGACUGCUCCCUUGCUCAGGGGGUUGGGAUUGGAAUGGGAAUGGGAAUGGGUGUGACUAUGGGCAUGGGAAUGAGCGGUCUGGCCGGUCCACAGCAGGCCCACAGCAACCAGAGCUGGGUACCUGGCUGAACUGAAAAACAAAAACUUCAGGACUGCGAUCCAACUUUUGAAGCACUGUGCCCUACCAUGACAUUCCUGGCUCUGAACAAAGCCUAUAGGACCAAGCACCCCACCCUAUCUUUUUUGUUGUCUUACUCUAUCACCCCUACUCUGUUUAAUCCCCUUCUUACUGAGAGAUCUACUUCAUGUCAGAUUAAUUUUUUUUCUUGAAUCAGCUGUACUGUGAUGACAAUCUCUCAGCUGUGCUUGCCCGGCAUCGCUUCUCAUUUACCAUGAGAACUGAACUCUGAAUGCACUUUAUUGCAAGUGGGUCACAUCUCACGGUGCAAUGCCUUCACAGAGCAGCUCAGGCAGAGCUUGGCUUGUUUUCUAAGGUGCAUGCAACAUUUGACAGGAACAAGCAAGGAACACAACUAAUGAAAGCGUCAGAAAUAGGAACUAAAAAGCUGGAUUUUUUUUUCUGGUGCGGCAGAGACUAAUUUACAAAUGUCUACUAAUGUUGAUUGGAUGCUUGAUUACAGUGAUUCUGUAUUGGGGUGCAAAAUGUACUUCUCUAAAAUUUCAUAAUUUCUUACCAUAUUUAAAAGAUGAGUUCUGACAGUGAUUUAUUUGACAGUUUUUUAUUAUGGUUAAAAUUUAUUUCAAAUAAAUUUAUACACAUGCAAAUUCAGAAAUUCUAAUUGAUUUUUCUUCUGCAGCCAUGUUAUUUUAAUUUUUCUACUUUACGUUACGAAGGUUGGAUUUUUUUCUUGAAUGUAACAUGUAAAGACUGCAUUGCCAUUGGUUACUAAAGACUCAUCAUGUCAUUAAAUGCAUGCCAUCAUUAGUGGCAAGCAUGCAAUUUGGUAAAUUACAGAUAUUUUUAUUACCUUGCUUCACCUGCGCUUCUUGAACUGGUUUGUCUCUCCCCUGUCUGUCUGGUGUUGCAGACAAAGUGACCAUUCCUCACACCAAGCCAUUAAUGUGGCUUGAUUGAAAUUCAGCAUCUUGCUUUUAAUCUCCAAAGUGAUGCAGAGGCAAUGUGUCAUUAUUGAGAAUUUAACGUGUUGUCCUUCCUUGCUCACCCCCAGCUGUCUUUAGCAUAAUGCACCAGGAGCAUUCAGACAAAACGGUGAUUAACUUUAUGUCACUCUGCCUGCCGCUCUGCUCUGAGAAGGGGCAAUGUCACUGUCCACUUCCCCGCUCAAGGAGGGUAAAUAAUACAGAGAACAAAGCCUGUUGUUGCAGUGGGAUCAGUUAGUCUCAGUUUUUAUGCUCUUUGGAUCAAUGUGUCUGAAAAACAGUAGUGUACUCACAUCGUAAAUGAUCUCUAUCAUCUGUGUUAUGUUCCUUUGUUUUCAAAUCUAAUAACCUGAUGUUCAAUCUGUAAAACAGGUGCAAAGGGAAAUACUUAAAGGGACAGGUAUGGAUUUUUGAAUUAAGGUUCUGGAAAAAGGUUAACUAACUUCUAAAAUCAUAUGUGAAAUAUAUAUUUGUCUUAGCAUCUUCAUUAAGUCUAAAUCAAGAUUAGUUGAGCCUAGAGGUUCAAGCUAAUUUCUAGUCCAAAGUGGACUUAUUUUGUCUUGAAACCAAACCUUUGAUCUGAAAAAUGUGCAAACUCUAUUUUAUAAACCUUUAAACUAUUGUCACAUUUGCAUUGGACAGUGGUUGGGACUUACAAGGGAAAUGUUGGUAGGUGGUGUGCCACCAAUGAUCUUCCUUUUAUAAAAGAAUACAGAGUGGAACGUAAAUCGCUUCUCUUCAGAGUAACCACCUAACAGAAUGUGUAUAACUAUAAUGUUUUUGCUUUUUACACUUAUCUUGUGUCUUAAACAUUUACUCUUACCAGAAAUGCUUUAUAGCUUCUGUUCUCAGUAUGUGUUUUGCAAAGGAAGUUAAUUUGUGGUGCAUUGCCUCCCACCUGUUUUGUGUAAAAGCUGCUCAAUGCAAACAUGACAGUGACAGAUGUUUCAAAAGGUGGCAUGGAGGUGGUGUGGGGAAAGAGGGGUGAGAAUGAUACACUUGAGUUAAUACACCAAGAUUGGACAGAAGCCAUGCCAAAUUUCAGAAAUAGUAUAUUGUUUCCAUUAAAUAUAGGCUGACUUUAUUUGCAUUUUCUAACCUUAAUUUAACUAAGUGAACUACAAAUCUCUCUCUCUCUCUCUCUCUCUCUCUCUCUCUCUCUCUCUCUCU